AUGGAAACUGAAGAAAGAGCGGAUACUAGCUCUCACCUGGAGAGGAUGAAGAAGAACCUUGAGUCCACAGUGAAAGACCUGCAGCAUCGCCUGGAUGAGGCUGAGAACCUGGCCAUGAAGGGGGGCAAGAAGCAGCUGCAGAAACUGGAGUCCAGAGUGCGUGAGCUGGAAACAGUUGAGGGUGAACAGAGACGUGGAGUAGAUGCUGUUAAGGGUGUCCGCAAAUAUGAGAGGAGGGUGAAGGAACUCACCUACCAGACUGAGGAGGAUAAGAAGAAUGGUGCCAGACUCCAGGAUCUUGUAGACAAGCUGCAGCUGAAGGUGAAGGCUUACAAGAGGCAGGCUGAGGAAGCGGAAGAGCAGGCCAACUCUUACCUGUCCAAGUGCAGAAGGAUUCAACAUGAGCUGGAGGAGGCUGAGGAACGUGCUGACAUAGCUGGACCUCAGGUCAACAAGCUGAGGUCUAAGAGUCGUGAUGGUGGCAAGGGGCUCCGGAAGGUUGCAGAAUGCCACACGGACAUGGUGAUGUGUAUGGUAUGCCAUUAA